AUGGCGGUCCACGCCAGGCAGGGCUCCGCCGUGGCGGCAGCAGCAGCGACGGCGGCGGCGACGGACACGCCUGUGGAAGAGGCCGCAGCCCGGCGGCAGGCUGACCAGAACAAGGUCGAGGCCGAUGUGACAUUCAUGGUCUCACGUCUUGCCGAGGUCCUCAAGGCCGACGGGUACGGCGAGGUAGCGGCGCGUCUGCCGUGGGUCAAUGGCGCAGCCGAUAGCGCUGCGCCGGCCUCAGCCGCCUUGGACAUCGGCCAACGGCGCAAGCUCGUUCAGGCGCUCUCGCUCUCGUUUCAGCUCCUCAACAUGGUGGAGGAGAACGCCGCGGCGCAGGGCCGGCGCCAUCGCGAGGGUGCGCACGGUCUGGCGGCGGAGAACGGGCUCUUUGGCUCGGUCUUUGCUCGACUGGGCGAUCGCGGGCUCAACUCGGCUCAGGCAGCGGAGCUCCUUGCCUCGGUACACGUCGAGCCGGUCCUCACCGCGCAUCCGACUGAAGCCAAGCGCCAGACAAUGGUCGAGCAGCUGCGCGAGCUAUACCUCCUACUCUUCAAGCGUGAGUCGACAGUGUGGACAAAGUGGGAGCAGGACCAAAUCACUAGCGACAUCCAGGCUGCGCUCGCCAUCCUGUGGCGGACUGGCGAUCUGCGGCUGAAGAAACUGGACGUCACCUCUGAGCGCCGCGCCGUCCAGGCUUACCUCCGGCACAAGUUUCCGGCCGUCCUUCCGCAGCUCGACGCCCGGCUGCGGACUGCAUUUGAGGACGCCGGUUUUGACGGCGCCCUCGUGCGGUCACCCGGCAGCCUUCCGCGCAUUUCGUUUGGCUCGUGGGUCGGCGGCGACCGCGACGGGCAUCCCGGUGUGACAGCCAGCGUGACCGCCGAGACGCUGCUUGAGCUGCGCCAGGGCGCACUCGACGUCCACCGCGCCGAACUGGAAAAGCUAGUCGCCAAGCUGUCGCUCUCUGCCCGUCGGGCGCCACCGCCAUCGAUGCUGCUCAAUGCACUGGCCGAGGCAAACGAGAACCUUGCGCCGCUGCGCAAGAGCCUGCCCGCCGGGGCUUGGCCGACCGAGCGCAAUCCGGGCGAGCCGUGGCGAGAGAUGAUUGGAUACAUGCUGCUGCGGCUGCCAACGUCUGCCGAGGCUCUCGCAUCGGGUCUCCACUACACGUCGCCGGCGGAACUGCUGGCCGACUUGCAGAUACUGGGCGCCUCGCUCGACGCGGUCGGUGCGGGCAAGAUUGCCGAUACACACGUGGCACCAAUAGAGCGUGCUGUCCAAGUCUUUGGCUUUCAUCUUGCAGCCCUCGACGUCCGUGAGAACUCGACAAUGCACGAGCAUGCGCUUUGGUCACUUCUUUCUGUCGGCGGUGUCUCUCUCCCACCGAGCGCGGGCGAGUGGGACGAGGCCAGUCGGGUGGAGGUGCUUAAUCGCGAGCUGGACUCGCUGCGCCCGCUCGCCCAUCCCCACGCCGCCCUCGCGCCGCAAGCCAAGACUGUUCUGGAUGCGCACCGUGUUGUUGCGCGCCACGCAUCUAUCCACGGCAUCGCAGGUAUUGGCUCGUUCAUCGUCUCGAUGACUCGCUCGCUCUCGGACUUGCUCGCCGUUUACGUUCUCGGCAAGGAGUCCGGCCUUGUCGGCCCGCCAGCAACGCUCGCCGAACACUUUGGCUCGGGCUCGGGCUCGCUCGGCGAGCUGAAGACCGAGCCGGGCAACGCAUGCAUAGUUCCAGUGGUUCCGCUCUUUGAGACCGUCGGCGAUUUGGAGCGGUCGCCGGAGAUCAUGAGCGCGUUUCUUGCCCAUCCGGUGACACAGCGCUCGCUUGCGCUGCAGCAAGCAAUUCACGGCUACGACCGGCCACGAUGCCAGGUCAUGGUAGGGUACUCGGACUCGUGCAAGGACGGCGGCAUUCUGUCGUCGCAAUGGCAUCUCCACGUAGCGCAACGCAAGCUCUCGCAGGUGUGCGCAGAUGCUGGUGUCGACGUUGUCUUCUUCCAUGGCCGCGGUGGAACCGUCUCACGCGGCGCCGGACCAACACACCGGUUCCUCGACGCGCUCCCGGUGGGCGGCCCCGAAGCCGCCGCCAUCCGCGUCACUGAGCAAGGCGAGUCGAUUGCCGCCAAGUACUCGAACGUUGGGACGGCAACGUACAACCUCGAGCUGCUCACCGCGGGCGUGACUGGCGUCGCCGCCCGCGGCGCGAGCGCGGCCAGUACCGAGCACGAGCUGGCGCCGGUCGUCGAGGACCUCGCCAAGCGGGCACAUUGGGCGUACGCCGAGCUCAUCUCACACCCACAAUUCAUGACGUACUUUUCCGAAGGCACGCCCAUUGACGCGCUUGAGCACGGCGUGUUUGGGUCGCGCCCAUCGCGGCGGACCGGCCAGCGCACGCUUGCCGACCUGCGCGCUAUCCCGUGGACCUUUGCGUGGACCCAAUCGCGAGUCUAUCUCCCGUCGUGGUACGGUGUCGGCACGGUUCUCCACGAGCUUGCCGAAGCCGAGCCGCACAACUUUGAACGGUUUCGUGCUGCUGUACGUGACUGGCCCUUCCUCCAGUACGUCAUCGGCAACAUCGAGGCCUCGCUUGCCUCGGUCUCGCUUCCGAUCGUCCGCGACUACGGCUCGCUGGUCUCGUCGGACGCCGCGCGCGACGCCAUUGGCUCUCUCAUUCACAACGAGUUUGUGCGGACCGACAGCGUGCUGCAGGUUCUGUACGACGAUGUUCCGCUUGCGCUCCGUCGGCCGCGCAUGCACCACACUGUCCAGCUUCGGGACCGCGGCCUUCGCGAGCUGCAUGCCGAGCAGAUCGCGCUCCUCAAGCACUGGCGCGGUCUCGUGGCGUCAGGCGACUCUGUCAGUGCCGACGCCGUCUUGCCGCCGCUGCUCUCAACUGUCAACGCCAUUGCCUCUGGUCUUCGCACGACCGGGUGAUGACUUGUAGCCGUCUACUAGCUUGUACUGAUACUGCGACUCCCAGAUGUUGUGCACCUCGCCGUUGGCGCCAUGCCCGAUAAAAAAGGUUUAUCGA